AUGGCUUCCAUGGACGCUGUGUUCGCCGCAUACAAAAAGCGGCGGGCCGCUCUUGAUGCAAGCAACAAUCCCUUUGCCAAUGGCGUCGCCUGGAUCGCAGGAGAGCUGUCGCCACUAGUAGAGGCACGGAUCCCCAUUGUCGACCAAGGCUUUCUUCAUGGCGAUAUGUGCUACGAUGUCCCGUCGGUGUGGGAUGGGAAAUUCUUCCGCCUGGAUGAUCACAUCACGCGGUUCGAAGCCAGCUGUGCAAAGCUUCGACUGAAGCUGCCAAUUCCGAGGGAUGAGCUCAAGAGCAUCUUGUUUGACAUGGUCGCAAAGAGCGGGAUGCGAGAUGCCUAUGUCGAAUUAAUCGUCACACGAGGUUUCAAGGGUGUUCGAGAAUCUAAACCAGAAGACAUCGUCAACAAUCUGUAUGUCAUUCUGCUACCAUACGUCUGGCUCAUGGACCCGGAUGAGCAAUAUCACGGCGGCAGCGCAAUCGUCGCACGCACGGUUCGACGCACUCCUCCUGGUGCCAUGGACCCUACAAUCAAGAACCUUCAAUGGGGCGACAUGGUGCGCGGAAUGUAUGAAGCCAGGGAUCGUGGAGCCAGCUAUCCGUUCCUUACCGAUGGAGAUUCCAACCUGACAGAGGGAUCCGGAUACAACAUUGUCUUUGUCAAGGACGGCGCCAUUUACACGCCCGAUAGGGGAGUGCUGCACGGCAUCACGCGCAAGACUGUCAUGGAAGUUGCUCGUGCCAGUGGGAUCGAUGUUCAUGUUGAGGUGGUGCCUGUCGAGAUGGCAUACACGUGCGAUGAGAUAUUCAUGUGCACAACGGCUGGCGGCGUUAUGCCAAUCACGACUCUCGACGGGCAGCCCGUGAAAGAUGGAAAAGUUGGACCGAUAACGAAGACGAUUUGGGACGGUUACUGGGCGAUUCACGAUAAUGCUACGUAUACUACCGAGAUCGAUUACUUGGCGAAUUGA